AUGUCUGCCGCCGCACCCACCACCGCCAACCAGCCCAAGCGCAACCCCGCGAUCCAGGCGCUCGUCACCAGUGCCCCCUCAGAUUUAUCCAGCAGCAGCACCCCCUCAGACCUAUCCAGCAGCAGCGACGCACCGCAAAGCCCCGCGCUCACCCCCCGCGGGGGAUACUACGUGAGCCGCACGACGGGGCGGGCGGAGCUGAAGGACGCGGAGAGGGAGGGGGACGGGAACAUGACCUACUUCUGCGAGGUUAUGUAG